CUCUCCAGUUUGAUGUCGGGGCUAGCAGCCCUGGAUGCCAAGUGUUCCAGCCGCCUGGGCAUCAUGACCGUCUCCUACUACCUGUGGACCACCUUUGUGGCGGUGGUGGUGGGCAUCCUCAUGGUUACCAUCAUCCACCCAGGGGGCGCCGCCCAGAAGGAGGACAAUGAGGACAGCGGCAAGCCAAUCAUGAGCUCCGCUGAUGCCCUGCUCGAUCUAAUUCGCAACAUGUUCCCAGCCAACUUGGUCCAAGCAACUUUCCAACAGUACCGUACCAGGAGUAUCCCCAUCAUUAAGGCCCCCCCACCCACGGUGGCAGCCUCCCUGAUGGAGAGCACCACCCGGAGGGUCUAUAUCUACGGUGUCCAGGACGACAACGGCACAGACAUCCAGAACUUCUCCCUGGACAUGACACCUCCACCCGACAUCCAGAUGCGCACGCUGCCCGGGACCAGCGAUGGCAUGAACGUCCUGGGGAUCGUCAUCUUCUCCGCCACCAUGGGUAUCAUGCUGGGUAGAAUGGGGCCUAAUGGCAGCGCCUUGGUCAACUUCUGUCAGAGUCUGAACGAGGCUGUCCUGAAGAUUGUCGCCAUAGUGAUCUGGUACUUCCCUUUCGGCAUUGUGUUCCUGGUGGCCGGUAAGAUCCUGGAGAUGGACGACCCGUCGGCCAUGGGGAAGAAGCUGGGGUUCUACGCUAUCACCGUGGUGAUGGGGCUGGUGCUACACGGUCUCUUCAUCCUACCGGCCAUGUACUUCUUCAUCACCAAGAAAAGUCCCAUCGUCUACAUCAGGGGCAUCCUGCAGGCCCUGCUCAUCUCCCUGGCAACCUCCUCCAGCUCUGCCACACUGCCUAUCACCUUCAAGUGCCUCCUGGAGAACAACCACAUCGACCGACGCAUCAUCCGCUUCGUACUCCCCGUGGGCGCCACCAUCAACAUGGACGGGACGGCGCUCUAUGAGGCCGUGGCGGCCAUCUUCAUCGCCCAGGUCAACAACUACGAGCUGGACUUUGGCCAGAUCAUCACCAUCAGUAUCACAGCCACAGCUGCCAGUAUUGGUGCAGCUGGAAUUCCGCAGGCCGGACUGGUCACCAUGGUGAUCGUGCUAACCUCAGUGGGCCUGCCCACUGAUGACAUCACACUUAUCAUUGCUGUGGAUUGGGCGUUGUAA